GCGUGACAGGAAGUUCCUGUUACGUAGAGUCUCCUUAGUUGUACUUCCGGGUGAAAUGCCAGACUGCCACACGUGGGUAUGAUCGCUGCUCUGUAUCUGUGAGGGAAGUGAACAGUGAGUGGGGAGAUCGCGGUGUUCUUUAUACCUGUCACCCGAGAUACACAAAAACAAGAGAAAUGGAGGAGUGUUUCCCCCGUGGGGGGACCCUAAAGAAGUCUGAGGAAACUGCCACUAAAAAAAGGCAGAGAGAAGACGACAACCUGUUUUCUACCUACCGGGAAGAAGCAGAAGAAACUGGUAAGAAGAAAAAGAAGAAACAACUGAAAGAAACUUCAAAGGCAUCCCAGCAUGAAAAGGGCUCAUUUGCAAAAGUUAAAGCAGUGGAGCUGCUAAAUUAUAAGGACCUCAGUGUUGGGAUGUUGUUUCUUGGAUGCAUUAAAGAGGUGAAAGAUUUUGAACUGGUUAUAAGCUUGCCUUAUAAUCUCGUAGGCUUUGUCCAAGCAACAAAUAUCUGCGAGGCCUACACAAAAUUGCUUAAUGAACAAGUGAAAAAAGAGGAGCCUGUGGAGGGUCUUAUUCCUCUUCCUAACCUGUAUUCACCAGGAAUGCUGGUCAGAUGUGCCAUUAGCAAUUUGGAGACCACGUCUGGUGGAUUCAAUAGCAUCAAAUUGUCCUUAAACCCAAAACUCAUUCAUGGGGAUCUUGCGCCAUCUUCUGUGCACAAAGGCAUGUAUCUCACUGGUCUUGUAUCGAGUGAGGAAGACCAUGGCUAUCUCAUUGAUUUGGGCAUUGCUGGAACUAAAGCUUUCCUUCCUCGACAUAAGGCUGACGUGUAUAUAAACCAGACAAACAAAGGGCCUGCACUCGGAGUGGGGCAAUAUCUGGACACUGUGAUUGACGAGGUGAAGAAUGAUGGGAGAAUCUUACGUCUGUCAGUCAGCCAGUCUGAUGUGACUGCAGCCAUUGCCACAGAUGAACAGAAGUGGACUAUUAAUAACCUGCUGCCGGGCUUGGUGGUAAAAGCUCAGAUUCAAAAGAUCUUUCAUGACCACAUCGCUGUAUCCUUCUUGUCAUCCUACACUGGAAUAGUGGAUUUCUUGCAUUUGGAACCUAAAAAAGCAAAUGUGUACCAAAGUGAUCAGUUGGUUAAAGCUUGCAUCCUGUGGAUUGAUAAAUCUUCCAAGACCAUACGACUGACGUUUCGCAAGACCUUCCUGCAACCCGGGAGGCUGAUAAAACAACUGUCCAGUAACUGGAUUGGCACGGUUCAUGAGAAGUGUACAGUGAAGGCACUGUUUAAGCAUGCAGGAGCAAUGUUUGAGCUGGAUGGGGAAACAAUGGCUUUUGCGCUUAAAUACCAUCUAAUUUCCAAGUUGUCAAGUGAUCUGAACCGAUAUAAAGAAGGGACUGUCCACACUGGACGGGUGGUGGCGUUUAGCCCAAUGGAGGAGACCAUUCUACUUUCUUUAAAGGAGACAGUCAUUGAAGAACCUUUUUGGAAGCAUGAAGAUAUACAGGCUGGACAAUUUCUAGAGGGAACUGUUGAAAAGAUUGCCACUGAAGGAAUAACUGUGAAUAUCGCCAAACGCAUCAGUGGUCUCAUACCAAAUCUCCACAUGGCGGAUAUCACCUUGAACCAUCCUGAGAAGAGAUAUACUCCUGGGAAAAAUAUCAAAUGCAGAGUUCUAAAUGUGGAUCCAUUAGCCAGAAAACUGAUUCUUACCCGAAAGAAAACCAUGAUUAAUUCAAAAUUGCCAAUAAUUGCCAGUUUUCAUGAUGCAAAGCCUGGCAUGAUCACUCAUGGAUUUAUCUGGGCAGUGAAAGAUUUUGGAUGCAUUGUUAAAUUCUAUAAUGAUGUCCAUGGGCUUGUACCAGCUCGAGAGUUAAGCUCGCAUUAUAUCCCAGUAAUACAAGAUGCCUUUUAUAAGGGACAGGUGGUUAGGGUAAGGGUGUUGGAGUGUAACCGUGAAAAGGAAACAUUGCUACUGUCCUUCAAGAUUAUUGAAGAAAAUGAAAAUGGAGAACCGGAUAAUAAAAGGGAAAGAAGAACGCUUUCACAAUGGAAAGAAUCUGGAAAGAUAGUGGAUGUGAGAAUUGCAAGCAAGACUGAUGCAGAGCUGAAUGUAUUAAUUCUACCUGAGGAGAGCCCUGCAGUACUUCCAAAAGUUCAUCUAUCUGAUCAUGCGGCAAACUGUGAGCUCCUCUUUCACUGUUUGAAGGAGGGUGAUGUGCUGUCUCGAGUGAUGUGCCUAAACACCUCCAAAGGGCAAACUAUAUUAACCAGAAAAACUGCAUUAAUUUCAUGUGUAGAGAAGGGGUCAUGUGCAAAAGAUUUCUCUGAAGUUCAAGUUGGAAUGUAUCUCACUGGAUUUGUUAGAAAUAUUAUGCCAUAUGGAGUAUUUGUGGAAUUCUUACAUGGGCUGGUCGGACUGGUCCCCAUCUCGGAAGUCAGUGACAAGUUUGUGACUGAAAUCGGUGACCAUUUUGUGCAAGGGCAGACGGUUGUUGCAAAAGUAACAAACAUUGAUGAGCAAAAAAAACGCUUCCUGUUGACCCUAAAGAUGUCAGAAUGUGCCCCAGAUGACUGCUCAGCUGAUGGCUUCUCUCAGAUCGGCCAGUGUUGCAGUGAGCUGCAGUUCUGUAAGAGCCUAAUGAAAAAAAAUGAAAAACUGGAUGAGGGCGAGACCAUCUAUUCUGUAAUACCAGGGAAAAACUUGAUACUUGUUGUUGAAAAAUUGGAAGAUAAUGGUUCGGUUCUGUUCAGCACUAGCCAAGUCCCGGGAGCAAAGAAAAUAUCAGCUGUGCAACAUAAGGAACAAGAAAAACCUUUAACUCUGGGACAGAAAGUAAAGGCUGUGAUUCUACAUGUUGAUAUAUUGAAAGCUCACGUUCAUGUUUCCAUGGAAGAAGCUUUACUAAAGAAAUGUAAAGAGAAUUUUGCAGAAAAUUCCGUCCACUCUGCAGUCAUACAGCAUUUGUCAGAAGAAUUUGCUGUGGCAUCUUUGAAAGAUACUUCAAAGCUCGUGGCUGUCCCACUCAAAAGACACUUUAACGACACUUUCCGGUUUGAAUCAGAAAGGCUAAGUGUAGGUCAGAAGAUUUCCGUGACGUUAUCGUCGAUGGAUGCUGAUCAACAUGGAAUCCAAUUUGCAGUGCAGAAUGCCAGCUCAGGAAGGGAAAAAGUCAAGAUGCCACUCAAUCUUACGAAAAGAAAGCCACUUAUUGGAGAAGUGAUCACCGGGACUGUGAAAAGCAUCAAGCCCAUCAGCGUGUUGGUGUCUAUUACAGAUAAACUAACGGGUAACAUCCACGCCUCUCAGAUCGUGGAGAAUGUGCUUGCAGGCGCUCUGCCAACAUCCAAGCUUAGGCCUAAGCAGAGUGUGACUUGUCGUGUGAUAGGAGGACGAGAUCUCAAGACACACAAGUUCCUUCCCAUUACUCACCCGCACCUGAUGAAGUCUGUUCUUGAACUCAGUAUUCUUCCCAGUCUUUUGAAUACUGAAGUGAAAGUUGAAAAACACAAACCCCUGAAUACGUACUCAUCGGGUGAUACAGUGACCUGCUAUGUAGUCAAGUAUAACAAAGAGAAGCAAUGUCUGGAGGUAGAAAUCUCUCCCGGUAUUCGUGGCACAGUAGAACAGCUGCUUCUGUCAUCUUCUGCUAAGGUCUUAAAGCGUCCAGAGAAGCAUUUCAGACCAGGUCAGGCGCUGACCGCCACUGUGGUUGAUGUAGAGGACGCGCGUAAAAAGCUCUCUUUGUCAUUAAUAGACCUUGAUGCUCUGACAGAGGGCUGUAUCACUUUUGGCUGCGUAAAGAGUGUAAUUCCCAGUACAGGCCUACAGAUAACCAUACCGUUUGGAAAGACUGGAAGAGCUAGUUUCUUCCAAUUAAAUGACUGCUAUGAUGAGAUCUCCCUGGAGAAGUUUGCCGCUGGAAUGCUUGUGAGGUGUUGCAUACUCUCUGUUGGAAAUAAAAUAGACCUGUCCCUAAGAGAAUCUCGAUUAAAUCCUGGAAGUGUCAGCAAACAGAUAGAUGAAGACCUCUCGUCUAUUGAUUGUUUGAAGGAAGGGCAGCUCAUUAAAGGUUUUGUCAGUGCAGUUACAGAUAAAGGUGUAUUUUUCAGGAUAUCCAGUUCGAUUGAUGGCCAUAUUCUGUUUAAGAAUGUCACCUCCUAUUAUGUUAACGAGAUAGAGAUGUAUAAGAAACACAUUCCUGAAGGAAAGUUGCUUACUGCCAAAAUUAUUUCUAUAGCUAAAGAGGAGAAUCACAUAGAGCUGUCACUACUUUCAAAUGAUACUGGAAAUCCUGAUGUUAUCCCAGAGUCUGAUGGCUAUAGCUUGAGGAGAAAGAAGGGUGAAAAAAAAAGGAGACGAACGAACUCUGAACGUGAAGUCAAGAGCUCUAAAAAGAAGAAAUCCCAAGUGUCCCAGGAUGAUGAAGACAGUGGAGUUGAGGUUCAUUAUCGAGAACAGAAGACCGAAAAUGAGGAAAAGAAAGAAGCUAGCAAUAAGCCUCCAGCACCCCGGCUGCAGGUUUCCUCCGGCUUUUCUUGGGACGUCAGCCUGAAUACUCUCAAAACGUCUUUAAUUGAUGGAAAGGAGAGCAGUUCAGACAGUGAGGAGGAUGAAGAGGAGUGCCCCAAGAUACAGAAAACUAAGAGCAACCAGAAAAAACAGGGAGUGGAGAAGAGACCAGCUGGAAAAGAGGCAAAGGAUCCAAGUCAGCAACCGCAGUCAAUUAAUGAAUUUGAGCGCCUUGUCCUCAGUUCACCUAAUAUCUCUGCUAACUGGAUUCAGUACAUGGAUUUCCACCUCCAGGCCACUGAGCUGGAGCAAGCACGGGCUGUGGCAGAAAGAGCCCUGCAGACUAUUUACUUCAGGGAGGAGCAAGAGAAGCUGAAUGUAUGGGUGGCCAUGCUGAAUAUGGAGAAUACAUAUGGCACAGAAGAGACUUUGCUGAAGGUGUUCGGACGAGCUGUUCAAUACAAUGAUCCUUUGAAAGCAUUCCAACACUUGGUGGAGAUUUACAUCAAGUCAGAAAAGUUUAAGGAGGCUGAUGAAUUGUUCAACACGAUGAUAAAGCGUUUCAAACAGGAAAAGUCUGUGUAUUGGAAAAAUGCUGCAUUUCUUCUUAAGCAAGGCCAGUCUGAGGCUGCUCAUCGCUUACUGCAGCGGGCAAUGAAGUGUCUUCCAGAAAAAGAGCAUGUUGAGGUAAUUUCGAAGUUUGCUCAGUUAGAGUUCCAGCUGGGAGAUCCUGUACGAGCCAAGGCUUUGUUUGAAAGCACACUGAGCAGCUAUCCCAAGCGAACAGACAUUUGGUCUGUAUAUAUCGACAUGAUGGUAAAGCAUGGCAAUCAAAAAGAAAUCAGAGAUAUAUUUGAGCGAGUUAUCCACCUUAGUUUAGCAGCAAAAAGGAUCAAAUUUUUCUUCAAGCGUUAUCUGGAAUAUGAGAAGAAACAUGGCAAUGAGAAGACCGUUCAAGCUGUGAAGGAGAAGGCUCUGCAAUAUGUUGAAGCUAAGAGUUCUGUGGGCACAAGCUAGAGCCAUCUGCUCUGAAGGACUUUUUUUUAUUGACUUUGUACAGAUGUGGAAAAAGGCAACCGCCCAUUAUGUACAAUCCUCCCUAAGAGACUUGUUUUUGUGGCUGUGUAAAUCACAUGGAUUUUAUAUAUUUGCUUCCCUUUAUUGUUUCUGCUGUCUGUAUGAAAUAAUGAGAUUCAUAUGUUCAUCAUUGGAAUUUCAGAAACCACACAGGAAAAAUACAGUCAACUGCCAGAAUAGAGCAUUUUUAUUAUCAGUGGCAUUUUGUACAUUGCUGAUUCAUUUUCAGAUGUCACAAUAAAUUACCAUCAUGAAUUCAGAUA